GAUAAAGUGUUAAGUUAAGUUAUUAAAAGUUAACUUGCCUACCUGCAUGUAGUUCCCUUUUGACCAUUAUUCAAUUUCCUUUUGCGCAAUCGAGAUAACGAUAACAUUCAAUGUAUGUAUCUUUUAGCAUAGUAUCCGUAUUCACUUCAGUCUUCUGCUAUUUACCUACAUAGCCAGCUACUAAAAUAACCAAUUGCAAAAUAGGAAAGUGUCUAUAUUACAUAACACUUCAUCAAUUAACAGAGUUUCAACUGCUUUACAAACACUUCAGCCCAAACAAACUCAUUCAUAAGGAAAACUAAACAAGAUAAAAGAGAAACACCUACACCUACACCUACACCUACACUAUGGCAACCCGCCGUAUCAUAUCUACUGAGAAAACCAUUCUCGACCAAGAUGACGAUGAUGUCACCAGCCAGCAAGAGCCGAGCAACACCACCCCGGCUGUUCCUAUGCAUGUGAUUUUCAAACUUCUAGCCUUCACCUUCGCCAUGGUAAUCGUGCCCAUCGGGUCCUACUUCGUGUCGGUGAACACCAUAUUUAGAGGCAAUUCCACCUAUGCCGGCGGCCUAGCAGCCAUCAUGGCGAAUGUGGUCCUCGUGGGGUACGUGGUCGUCGCUAUGAAUGAAGACCAGUCAGAGCAGCUCGCGGCGAAGAAGAAAGAAGGCAAAAAGGAUUGAUCAUGCCGAUGUGGCCCAAGGACUUUCGAGCGGCUCGGGAAUGUUGUUUUCCUUCAACGAUGCCGCCCACUGGCAGCUCUCACAUGGGACAGAGAGGAUUUGACUGAAAUGGGAGAGCACUGCGAGGAUAUCUUAGGUACAAGAUAUUACUGGUAUCUACGCGCUUUGGGGUUCAAAAGUACUCUAACAGCAUGUCCCAGCAGCAUAUGCUAGAGAUGUUUAUCUAGCAGAUGGCAUAUCAUGUAUGCUAUUGACCCAAAUCGCCUCGACAUUGAAGCAUUCGAGACGAGAAUAUUAUAAGACACCUUACGAUCAUUUUCACUUAUCUUACUAUGGUCACUUGUGCAUUAAGAAAAGU